AUGGCGAUGCCGGCGCCGCUCAUCCCCGCCGCGCAGCCGGCGCCCCCUCUGCCGCCGCCCCCCGCGCCCCCGGCAGCCGCCCCCUCCCCGCCGCCCGCCCCGACCGCUCCGGCCGCCCCCGCCGCCGCCCCCACCACCGUCCCCGGCCUCUUCCGCCCGGAGCCCGGCGCGGCUGCCGCUGCCGCUGCCGCUGCGGCGGCGGCAUCGGCUUCAGGAGGUGCGGAGGGCAAUUCGCCUCCGGCUCCGGCUCCGGUUCCCGUGCCGUGUCCGGGCGCGGCAGGCGGCGUCCCCCCGACGCCUUCGGGCAAACCGGUGUACUCGACGCCUUCGCCGGUGGAGAACACGCCGCAGAACAACGAGUGCAAGAUGGUGGAGCUGCGCGGCGCCCAGUUGGCCUCGUUCUCGGUGGAGGGCUGCGAGCUGAUCUGCCUGCCUCAGGCCUUCGACCUCUUCCUCAAGCACCUGGUGGGCGGCUUGCACACGGUCUACACCAAGCUCAAGCGCCUGGAGAUCACGCCGGUGGUCUGCAACGUGGAGCAGGUGCGCAUCCUGCGCGGCUUGGGGGCCAUCCAGCCCGGCGUCAACCGGUGCAAACUCAUCUCCAGGAGGGACUUCGAGACGCUCUACAACGACUGCACCAACGCCAGGUGGGUCGCCAGAUUGGACGGGGUCCCUCCCGGAGGAUUCUCCGCCGGAGCUGAGCGGGGUCUCUCCGCCUCCCGGUACCCCGAAAGGGUCUACUACAAGCGCGGCGGCCAGUUCAAGA